CUGCAGGCAGAAAUAAGGCAGAUAGAGGAUUUUAAACCCUUAUUUCCAGGGUAAGAAAACGAUUUAGCUACUAAUGGUGGAUAAAUUCUCCUUCAGCGUACUAGUGCACUCCUCUUACAAUAUUUAAUGUCUUUGGCACCUGGGGGAGGUAUGCAACAAAUUAUAUAUACUAGGAGGCUCCGACUCGGCGCGGUCCAACCUUCUAUUGACAAAUGGUACACCUCACCUUUCACAUACCUAGAUUAAAGCUUUGCAUCUCUUUUAACUGCUGUAUUUGAAGUGUCUUUUAAAUAUGAACACAUAUAUCACGACUUUUUCACAGCCAUGAAAUGCAUCUGUUAGUCCUUUUGGGUCUUUUUACAGACCUUGAAAACAGAUUUCCCUACCCUUUCAUAUACUUCAACUAGUGAUAUCCCUGCCCUUUCAUAUACCUUACGCCUGGAAAAGGUACCCCUUUUGGGCGGAGCCUCCCCGUAUGAGCGAUUAUAAGAAGUUCCCCCCCCCGGUUUUGGCAGCGAUCAAAUAGUUCAAAUCAACCUGAGCCACUGGUGUAUGUGUACUCCCCUUUUCUACCUUUCUUUCUUUUGUUCUAAAUACUCCCUUUUUCAACAUGAAAAAUUCCAAUCGAUAAUUGUGCACCUUUACCUUUUGGAAUCCGGAUUCCGGAAUAUAGAAAAAUUUUGCUUCUUGAAUCCGGAAUCUUGGGCUUGGGAAUCCGAAAUAUGGCUUAAGUAAUCAGGAAUCCUACUAACGAUUGCAAUCUAGAAUCCAAAGACUGGAAUCCAUUGAAUUCAAUUCUUUGACAAAGACUGAAAUCCUUGAAUCCGGAAUCCACGGUGUGGGCUCCAGAAUCCAAGAUUCGCUCACUGGGGAUGACCGUAUCAUUAUUUAUCCUCUAGCCUGACAUUUAACAGUGCAAUGGCUUUUUACAUCCAAGAAGAUAAUUACGCGGUGACGUCAUUAACUGUCGAGUGGCAAGGACCUUCAUUCCUGGAGUUGACAUUAUUUGAAAAACUUUCGGAGGCAAAUGCCGCCGAACAUAUCGGAGCAAAUUUAUUGCACCGCAGAAUUGAGGUUUGUUAAUUGUGAAUUAUCAACUGAAAAAAAAAAAAGCGACAACAACAACAACUUAGCAACAGUGAUCGGGUGAUGACUUCUGUCAAUAGUAGGAGAGUUUUCAUUGGUAUGCUGCACCUCUAUGGCACACGCGGGGAAUACUAAGAUAUGGGCGAAAAUAAUUUCCACGUAUGCGAAGAAGUGCUGCAUAACCGGGUUUUCGUCGCUGAUGGGGAGGAGGGAGGGCAAAACACGCAAGUAUAUAUACACUCUCGGGGCAUGAACGCAUAGAAAAGCGAUCUGAUCAGUGAUCCUGAUGUUGGCAAAGCAUUUCAAAACCACGCUCAAUACCCAGGGGUAAUGCAAGGGUCCCAGGAGGGAAAACGUGCUAAAUUAUAGGGCCCGCGUGCCCAUUUCGGAGCAAACAUUUCAAUGAAAAUAGUAACCGUAUUAAAGGAAGGGGGUGAACAAACUUGUCAAGUUUUAAGUUAAAGUAAACCGUUAGUGAUAUUUUGCAAAAGUCAUUUACGACAUUUUAGUCUGUUACCACGAUUUUCCAGGAUAAAUGACGGGGACGUUUGUGUAUCGUUGUUGUUGACCCAGAACAAGGAUCCCCUCAUUCUCAGAACACGUUUACUUUUGCCAAUAAAGGUCAAUUCUCCUACAAUUUUUUCAGAGCCAGGGUCAGUCCUAUUACUUUAUACAAAUGGGUAAUUUGAGUCAUUACCAUAACAACAACAUUAAACCAUUUUUCCCUAUAACGUUUUGUCAGUUUGGAAGUUUUAACGUAACGAAACACGCUCCUGUGAGGUUCACCUUGCUAAUAGAUCCGAAGAACGAAACAAGGAAUGGACGAUCAUAUAACGUAACAACGUGGUUUCGCUUGAAUUACACUUUGGUUGGAAAAGAGUGUGCAGACCAAGAAGAACAGUAUUUUCCAUUUACUUUUACUUUUUACAGUCCAGGUAACGAAUAAAGUAGUGCAAUCUUUCAGAACUAAAUUUUUUUACACAGCUCCGUUUUCAGCAUUUUAAGUGCACAACCUCGUUCCCAGGGUUCUUUUUGACCUCUUGCUUCCAGAGAGAGAACUUUGGGAACGAGUUUGAAUAGUGCUGUGUACUGGAGGUAUGCGUCAUCGCAUGCGCUGUAAAAGGGUAGCAGUACUUCAAUAUGUUAGGUAAUGCUUUAGUUGUUCGCAUUUAGGACGUAACAGACUUGCACAUCAGCGUAUGUAUUUGGGCUGAAUACCACUAGCGACAUAACCAUAGUCAUAAGGGGCAUUCAUGUCACAUAUUUUGCAUUGGCAGCGCCUAUAAAACCGACACUAUCAUAAAGACGCUUAUCACUUUUUAAACAACAGAAAGUGGGGAGUGUGUUUAAAGGUUCAAACACAAAUGUUUUGUUUUUAAUGUUAUGUUGUUACCAUUUCAGCUUGCGACAUGUUCGGUCCAUUUCGUGCGAGCGUACUGAAAGAAAGUGAUAUUACAUCCUCUUACGUGGCUCGACCAGAGCAAAAUUUAGUUGGGACUUCUCCUUUCAAUGCGAGGCUGGGAGAAGAUGACACUUUCUGGAGAUCGAAUAGGAAAAGUCGAGAUGAAUUCAUCUCCAUGGAGUUUAAUAAAAAAGUGCAAUUUGAAAUGGUGAGUAAGUUUCUCAUCGACGUAGUUACUACCUUGUAGGAUUUUUCGGAAAGAGUCUUGGAAAGGUGAUUCCGCGGAGCAAGAUUCUGCUUAAAUAAAUUAAAUAGCACAUGAUCUCUUCGAAGCAGUCUAGCAUGCAAGUUUUGAUUUUAAGGUGGCAACCACCAUUUCUUGCUCUGCUACAAAUGGUGGAACAGACUUCCUUAUAUUAAAUUAUUUACAAUAAAUAAAAACUUUCUCCCGGAAGAAGUAGGUCAUGAUGUUAACUUAGUCUAAAAAAUCUUACGGUGGUUACAAAUAAUUCUUUUUAUUUUUCUUACUUUUGCCAACAUGGUAGCUGGCUGUCAAAGGAUCGGAGCAGAGAAGAGUCGCAUCGCUAUACGUCUAUACAAGCGAUGACGAAAUACACUGGAAAAUGUAUCAUCAUCGGGCAUUAAAGGAAAUGGUAUGUACCAGGUAAUCAGUCUGAAGCUUGAAGAAAAUGGAACUCAUGUGAAAUGUUUGAUAAUGGCUCAGAAGAGAAGAGGGGAAGGGGGAAGGUGGGGGUGAGUAAGGAGAUAAAAAUGUGUCUAACAUCAACACUAUCAUCGUCAUAACUACCACUGUUAUCUUUACCUUAAUCACCGCCACCUCCAUCAUCGUCAUCAUCAAAAUCAACACCACAACCAUAGUCAACAUAAUCAUCAGUAUAUUCAUCAUCAUCAUCCUUAUCAUCACCACUAUCAUCAUUACUACAACUAUCGUCAUCAUCAUCAUCAUCUUUAUUAUCUUCAUAUUUUGCACCAUGAUCAUCACUUUUAUCGUCAUCAGAAUUCAUGAUCUUUGUUCUCAUUGGGAGUUUAAGAAGAGGUAGGGGUUCCGAUUCCAUGCUUCUACCAAAAUCAAAGUUUAUAAUUGCUAAUCUUAAUUUUUGGUAUAUUUUAGGAAUUCCGCAUAUCCUACGACUGGACUUUUAUUACCCCAAUUGUUUUCAACCCUCCAAUCAAGACACGAUUUGUCAGAAUAAAAUUACAUUCUUGGUCAAAAGAAAAGUACCUUCAGUUUGAAAGUUAUGGUUGCGUGGAAGAGAAUGCCACAACAAUACAUCCACUUGGUAAGUUUACAGUAGGACUCAGGCGAUUCGAACUCGGAUAAUUCGAUCGAACUCCCCGCUAACUCGAACAAGUCUCAUUUCCUGUGAAUUUGACCUUCCUUUUCAGUCACUUUUACCCGGAUAACUUGAAUUCCCCGCUAACUCAAACUAAAUUUCGUUUCCCUCGAUCAAAAUUUACCUCGAUAACUCGAAUUCUGGAUGUUACAACUCACCAUGAAUGCCAACCCGUUAGCUUUUCUUGUCGUGCAAUCGGUAAAAACCAUAAAACUAUCACUACGGGGAUUUGUUUUUGAUAAGUGCAACGAACAGAUCACGUAUUUCACAGUCAUAUGCAUGUUUAAUCAACAUCUUUAUCUUUAAAGGUUUCCCAUUACGUUUCCCUGUAUAAUCAUAAAAAUGAGUAAUCGUGUUACAAUGUCUAAUAAGUCUGAUUUGCACUCUGCUCUAUAUUGAUGUGCUGAAAUAUAAGUUAACUAUCAAUAUUUAAAGCUUUAAAUGCUGUAAUUUGCAUGAUCGAAAACACUUUUCCUUGAUAAUGUAGUCUUGACUACUCUGAAACGUUGGAUUUUAUCGUUCUUUUUUACCGUUUUGUCUUAAGAAAUCUCUUUUAAUACUAUCAAUAUUAACAUGGAAAAUUCAAGAUUCAAUCGACCCCGCUGAAUAACUGGAACUGUUUUUUGUUUUCCUUCAGAGUUCGUGUUAACUGGGUUCUACUGUGUUUUCAACUACAGAAACAAAUAAAGCUCACCCAGAAAAUUUGUUCAUCAUUAGUUCACCAGGCUUUACAGUGCGGACACUCAAACCUGGACAUUUGGAAGAAGAAUGUCCAAAGACAACGUUUUCAGAAAAGCAACAACAACAACAACAAAAAAAGGUUCAACAAAUCAACCGUUGACAACUUUAAAACUGUUCAAUUUUACCUGACCUCUCAGAGAACAGCCCUCAAAUGUCUGAAUUUUAUUGGUCCGUUUGCACAAAAAAAAAAAAAGAUUAAGAAUGUUUUAUUUUCAGAAAACGUUGUGAUUGGGCAACCUUGUUUCAAGUGUCUCAGUUUGAGUGUGCGCACUGUAAGGUUACCAUCUCAUUAUUAGAAUUUUAUUUAAUUAUUUUACCCUCUUUCUUUCAGACUAUGGCUACCCUCUAGGGACUGAGUCAGGGGACAUUUUGGACAGUCAGUUUUCGUCUUCCUCGUCAUCUCUUCCUUCAUUUGAACCCUUCAAAGCGAGGCUUAACUCUGUCUCCGCCUGGUGCAUGGAUGAAAGAAGCUUGUCUGACUACUUACAAAUUGAUCUUUUGGCGCCACACUUUAUUCAACAGGUACUUUGAAAUUCAAAAUGUUUUGUACCACAAUUUUGCGUAAUUUUACUUCCCUGAUGUUUUCCUGAAUGAACUUUUAUCUAGAGAAAAAAAGCCACGGCAAAGGUAGAGAAAAAAACUUUAUUAAGGGCUGGUGAUGCACAGAAUAUACUUAACUGAAUUUAAAGUGUUACUGCCAUUUGUACUGAUAUAAGGCCUAGCACAAGAGGAUCGGGAAAAACAGAGAUCUUUUUCUCUUUUUUCAAAAAAUAAAUAAAUAAAUAAACACGCGUCCACACGCAGCAUAUGCGAAUCGUUUUCACCCGUCCUCUCGAAAAUGCCAAAGCAAUAGACUUAGCGUCCCUUGCAGACGGAGCAUGCGCUAUAAUGUAUGACAUCAUCGAAUUCGAAAAUCUCCGUUUUCGUCUGUCCACAUAAUCCAGCGUCUUCAAAAAAACACCACUCUAAAAGGCCUUGCUAAAACAGACGGCUAAAACGGUGAGCGAGAUUAAUACGUUCAGUAAUAACGCAUAAAGGACGCCACGCUAUGUGGGGCAUUUUAUCUGGUUCCCUUUUCUCCGUUUUCUGUGAGACGUUUCCCAUGGCAUUCCCAGUCAUACAUUUUAGGGACAUAUCGAAAACAAGCAGCGCCUCAGUUCUUCUCUUCACCCUGGGGGUUCUGCGGUAUAAAAGACCAGAUAGGUAUAGGUAGGUAUAGAUAUCAAACCCAGCAAACUUCUGUCACUUCUGGAAAAUUUGUUUGGGGUUGUACGGCUCAUUUUCGGUAACCCCUACCUUGAGACAAAAAUGACGAGAUCGGGUGGUUUUCCGUACCAUAUUUCAGAGGUUUGUUUAUACUGACUGUAUUAUAGUGAAAAAAAUAGAAUUUUGUUGGAUUAGUCAAUCUCACCUGUAAUUUCACCGGUUAAUCUUUUGAAACUGAUUCCAAGCGCGGGAAGGUGAUAGAAAUCUUACGAUGCAUCGGUAAAAAUUUUCUCUUUUUGUUUACUCCCUUGCGCGCGUUAAGGAUAAUGGACACUUAAAAAUCGAUAAGCCAAUCAGACAAAAAUCUCCUUUGUUAUUAGAGUUAGGUAACCACUCCAAGAAGAAGAGACUUACAACAAGAAUAUUUUCCCUUCUUAGGUGGCAACACAAAGUGAGUACUGUGACGGAAGCAAGGAAAAUUUUCGUGGUGUGACGUCAUAUUAUUUACAAUACAGCGUAACAGAGAGCGAUUUUGUUGACUACAGACAAAAUGGCGAUAGAAAGGUGUGGAUCAAUUUUGCAACGAAAAUUUAAUACAUUGCCGCAGAUGAGAGAGAAAAAGUGGUCUUUACAUUUUAUAUGAACAGUAAGCUCGGAUCUCAGUAUGCAAUGGCGCCACUGACUACCGCUAUCGGUCCAUUUAUGAGCUUACCGUAGAUGUGUGAUAGCUAAGAUGAUAACAGAGGUAGAGGCAGACCAUACAGGGGCGUAGCAACCUUUAAGCCAUUAAGCCCGGGCUUAGCAAAUGUUAUCGCAUGUUAAUGUUGACGGGGCACGUAUUUUUAGCGUCUCUCCCCAGUCGCGCUCUCCGUUUUCAGCCUCGUUCCAGACCUUUUGUUUGACUGCUCGCACGUAUUUAAAUACUCAAAACUACGGACUGUUUUGCAGUCCAGGCGUGAAAAUGAAUGACCCUCCCGAAUACAAUACUCGGUAUGGGCACCAAUGUCUGUCGUGGUGGUGGAUAUGGGAANUCUCCUUUGUUAUUAGAGUUAGGUAACCACUCCAAGAAGAAGAGACUUACAACAAGAAUAUUUUCCCUUCUUAGGUGGCAACACAAAGUGAGUACUGUGACGGAAGCAAGGAAAAUUUUCGUGGUGUGACGUCAUAUUAUUUACAAUACAGCGUAACAGAGAGCGAUUUUGUUGACUACAGACAAAAUGGCGAUAGAAAGGUGUGGAUCAAUUUUGCAACGAAAAUUUAAUACAUUGCCGCAGAUGAGAGAGAAAAAGUGGUCUUUACAUUUUAUAUGAACAGUAAGCUCGGAUCUCAGUAUGCAAUGGCGCCACUGACUACCGCUAUCGGUCCAUUUAUGAGCUUACCGUAGAUGUGUGAUAGCUAAGAUGAUAACAGAGGUAGAGGCAGACCAUACAGGGGCGUAGCAACCUUUAAGCCAUUAAGCCCGGGCUUAGCAAAUGUUAUCGCAUGUUAAUGUUGACGGGGCACGUAUUUUUAGCGUCUCUCCCCAGUCGCGCUCUCCGUUUUCAGCCUCGUUCCAGACCUUUUGUUUGACUGCUCGCACGUAUUUAAAUACUCAAAACUACGGACUGUUUUGCAGUCCAGGCGUGAAAAUGAAUGACCCUCCCGAAUACAAUACUCGGUAUGGGCACCAAUGUCUGUCGUGGUGGUGGAUAUGGGAAAUUGGCACAUUUUCCAUAUCCCAUUUUUGGCCGAAAAAAUAGUAGUUAACUGAGAAUUGGGUACCCCCAUUAGCACCCUCUUUGACUGCUAAAAUUAAAAAAUAAAAAUAAAAUUCCGAGCUUUCGCCGAUCAACAUCAUUAGGGAUAAGAAAAAUAUUCCGCAUGGUAAUAUACAUAUGAAAAUAUUGGUGUGAGCAAAAUGUGUGAAAAGCGCAAGAAUGGGGCGGAAUGUAUCAGAGGUAAAAAAAUAUAAACUUGAAUAAAAUACAAAGAUCUAAUGAGCGAGUGGCAUAGGACAAAGAGUCUCUCGAAAGGCAAAAUGAUUCGUAAUGAUGGUAUUUAAAACAAAAGGUCCGCAAAUUCAUUGCAUUCCUCAUGGGACGCGAGGACCGGCUCAAUGUAAAUCGAACUGCGAAGAACACGCUGGUUCUGAUAAACGUUUUGAGAAUACAACCCUAUUCCUUGAUUACCUACCGCAUAAAAUUCAAUUUACAAAGGAAAAUAUAAUACUGAAAACCCUGGUUCUGAGACGAGAAGCGAUCACACUACCUCAAUGUAAAUCGAGCUGCGAAGAACAAGCUGGUUCUGACAAAAAUUGGAGCGUAAAACCCUAUUCCUUGAUGAGCUGCUGCUUUAAACGCAAUUUAUAAAGCAAACCAGAGCACUAAUAGCCCUUUCAAAUCUAGAAAUCGUAUUAAAGAUUUCCUCACCUGUUAGGGCCUCUUAAACAGAACACGGGAUCACCCAAUUUCCAACCACGAGUUGUAAAUACAAGAUCAUGACGCCACUACCCAAAUAUGGGGUCUUACUUACACCCAAAUAUGGUCAAAAAAGCAAAUUUUAGAGGGCUAUGCAGAAUUGAGAGAUUUUUUUCUACUUUACGCGGGAUUAUGAAUCUGCCUCGCUGGCAAUUAAUGGAGCAUGAAGUAGACAAGAGGGAGGUGUUUUUGAGCGAAGCGCUGAAACACUGCUUAAAGAUGAAACUGGCUGAAAAACCCUGCAAGUGUUCGUCCUGUCCAUCAGGGUUUGGAUUUGAUAUUUCUCAGCAAAUUAUCGAUUGAAAAAAAAAANGCGAUCACACUACCUCAAUGUAAAUCGAGCUGCGAAGAACAAGCUGGUUCUGACAAAAAUUGGAGCGUAAAACCCUAUUCCUUGAUGAGCUGCUGCUUUAAACGCAAUUUAUAAAGCAAACCAGAGCACUAAUAGCCCUUUCAAAUCUAGAAAUCGUAUUAAAGAUUUCCUCACCUGUUAGGGCCUCUUAAACAGAACACGGGAUCACCCAAUUUCCAACCACGAGUUGUAAAUACAAGAUCAUGACGCCACUACCCAAAUAUGGGGUCUUACUUACACCCAAAUAUGGUCAAAAAAGCAAAUUUUAGAGGGCUAUGCAGAAUUGAGAGAUUUUUUUCUACUUUACGCGGGAUUAUGAAUCUGCCUCGCUGGCAAUUAAUGGAGCAUGAAGUAGACAAGAGGGAGGUGUUUUUGAGCGAAGCGCUGAAACACUGCUUAAAGAUGAAACUGGCUGAAAAACCCUGCAAGUGUUCGUCCUGUCCAUCAGGGUUUGGAUUUGAUAUUUCUCAGCAAAUUAUCGAUUGAAAAAAAAAAAUCAAACCUUGGAAGCUGGGUACUAAAAGCAAGCUCUUGUCUUGUAGGUUUUCCUCGGAAAUAUGGUAGAAAACGUAGCGGUGAAGCAGAAGUUACUCAAACCAUUCUCCGCUCGAUUUGUUCGGUUUUUCGCCAAGACGUACAUCGACCGCAUUUGCCUAAGAGUGGAACUGUAUGGUCGUCAAAUCAAUCAAUCAAGCAACCACCCAGGUAAUGAUUAACAAUUAUUUCACGAACGCGCGUGGAUAUGAGUUGGCUAUAAUCUUCUCAUAUCCAACAAGCGCGAGUGGAAUAAUUGUUUUAUUUAAAACGCCCACAAAUAUCGAAGAAUUCUUCCCGACUUUAUUUGUGAAAACAACCGAUUUUCAGCUUGUUUGUAAUUUGGAGCAAACGCGUACAGUUACCAUAUUUGGAGAGCAUGGUAUAACAGCUUUUAGUAAAAUCCAGAUAGUGAUCUAUUAUCAAUGCUGCGUUCUGAUUGGUUGAGCUACUACUAGGCUAUAUAUUAUACCCACUAGUAGCGAAAAGCGCGGGCUUUUUGGGGGCAAAAAAUGAUUAAAGUCUAGCUUUAACUAGCUAAAAGUUUUUUAUUCUCUAUACUUUUGAACGGCUAGUUGGAUUUUACUAAAACAAUUAUUCCUCUCGCCCUCAUGGCCUCUGAGUCAACAGCCAAUUCGGCCUUCGGCCUCAUGGGCUAUUGACUCAGAGCCCAUUCGGGCUCGAGGAAUACUUGUUAAAUAUACUAUGAUGGCUAAGCCAAUAAGAGCUCUAGAAUUGCAUUAUCCAAUGAUUCUGUUUUUAAUAAAAUUGAAUAGAUGUCGCCUUUCUGCGGGGAAGGGAAUUUGGCAGAUACUAUCCCGCCUUUAAAUAACAGAAAAAAACGCGCAAGAGUGUUUUAUUUAUAUGGAAACACAAUCAGUAGUCGAGUGGUUUUUAAAGACCUUUGAACGGCUAAAAAAGAUCAAUUCUGUGCAGAGACUGAUUUUUCAUAAAGGCUUUUUCGAAAUGAUCCAGAAAGUGUUCUUAAUUUCGUACAGGGUGAAUUGAGCAUACUCUGAGACUUGAAAAGCUGAAGUUUCUUCCGUUAUAGCAGGUUUUUUAUGGUCGGAUAACAUCAAAGUCGGCUUCCUCCAGGAAUACAAUAGGCAGAAUUUUUAAUUACAGUCAUUUGGCCUUACGUGUAACAUUUUUCAUGUAUUCUCUAUAGAUUUUCCACCCGUGUUAAAACGGAGUUACCUUGUGGAGCCAGUGUCUGGUUUGGUGUUUGUCUGUAACGCCAAUCAACUUCCGUAAGUGAUUGCUAUAAGUUAUUGCGUACAGUGACUGUUUGUAAACAGACAUACCUCAAUAGCCGAUAAUAAAACAAAGCAGAUUCAGGAACAUGAAGGAACAACAACCUCGUGAACAACAAAAUUAGCCACAUAAGAAAUUGAAGCUUACAAAACUUGCCAUUUUGAAUCAUCAGUUAGACCAACUUAUCCAGAAUUCAAAAACGACCGGAAAAUGAAAGAAUCAAAACAACACCAAAAACCGGAGAAAAUUAGUCUUUAAUUAAAUGAUAUUCUAAUUCACUUUCUUUCUCAGGCCCGUUUCUUCAAGAAGCUAUUGCUAUCAUGCCACACGACAUCGCGGUAUCACACGGUGGACCGGUCAGUAAAAGUCGGUUAAACCCAGCCUAGUCCUAGGCAUUCUCUCUUGAUCCGUUUUCAGAGCGAAGUCUGGGAAAGAGCGGGUGAGUCCCUUUCGGUGACCUCACAGCUCACGGUAGAGUCCAGGAUUGACCGAGCCGAAAACGCCUAGGGACUAGGCUGGGUUAAACCUUAUUUUCAAUUUGUUAUAAGUUCUCUCUGGGCAGCUAAUUCAAGUCGUUACUUCCUUAGCUGGAUGAAAAACUUCCACUUUGUCUUCAUCUGCAUUUUGUUUGAAAAGUGAUGUCAAUCCAUAGAUAGAGUUUUUCAACAAAAAAUAGCAUAGUGAAGCAUUAAAUUGACGUCACUAUGCAAUUGUCUUUUUACCAUAACAUUUUGCAUAUAGUUUUGCAUUUCUUCAGCAACUAUUAAGAGACACUUGAUCGAACACUCGACACAGCGUUUCAUCCAGUAUCCAGGAAAUCGGUCUUACGAGUAAAGAAAGUUGGCUGAACCGCGUUUGAUGUUUGAAUUUAUCACAUCAAUAAACAUGACUUAAUUUAUGCCGGGUAAAAAAGUAAUACUUUACCUGGGCCUUGCUAGCCUGCGAGCAAGCUCUCCUUUUGGAUCGGAGUAGUCGAGGGAGGGCCUAGCAAAAAUGACGGAAAAAAUAAAAUAAUAAGAAUACUACUACUAAUAAAAAAAUAACAACAUUAUCGAUGAUGAUAAUGAUAAUGAUGAUGAUAAUAAUAAUAAUAUAGAAAUAAUGGCAUUCUUAUACUAUUACGAAUUAAAUACAAAUUAAUAUUAAAUUCAUAUCAUUUAAUCUACCUUUAAACUGUGAUUGAAUUUCUGUACAAUUAAUCUGCUUCAUUUUGCACUUUUGGCAUCUUUUUUCCAGUUCUUCUUUCAGUGACAAAACACUGCGUCUAUGUUGUUUGAUAAAUCAGAAAUAUUCGUCUUUUAUUCACUUCCUAUGUAACUAACUCCUCACACUUAGAGACAGUAAUGUAAAUUGGUAUGCUAAUGAUUCUUUAGGACUAGGAUUUCGAAUGCUGAGCAUGCUCGGAUACGACAGUAGGAAAAGAACACUCUAUGGAGUAGCAGGAAACAGGAGGGCCUAUAUGAAGUAUAAUAUGGAUGACAGCAGGGGAGUUAUCGGUGUGUCAAAGGUGGAAUGGUUCCAAGUAAGAGACCUACACUCCACAAUACUUGCAACUGAAAUUCCUUUCAUACCAGAGACGGAUUUCAGUAACACCCUACAACCUAACGAAUGUCUGGAAACACAAGACGCCAACGGAAAUUCGUGGGGAGGUAAGUAACAAAUUCUAAAGAAUAGAGAGGUUUAGAAUCAGUCUUAUAGUAGGCUCGAUUUUCGUCGCUUUCUUGGGACCGAUCUUGUUUCUCUCCGAGAAGAGACUUCUUUCGGGAAGAAUCGCGGGCUCAUUUCUCGAAUAGCGGCUGGUCAUCUAGCCUACAUUUACGGCAAUUGGCAAACGUCAGUUUUUACUACGUGACCAUAUUUUUUUCUUUACUUGCCGUUUAGUGUUCAUUGCUUACGUAUUACUUAGUUUCAUAUCCGGUUUAUCCAUACAAAUGUAAUUGCACAGUUUUUAUCUUUUCAUUUUCUAAUUUGAGAAACAUGAACUCGAAGAAGACUUUUGCUGUCUGUCGUAAACGUGACUCUGAGUCCCUCAAACGAUAAAAUGACAAGACGUAAAAAACAACAAAUAAUCUUUGAAAGGUACUCUGUUGCGAGGAACUAAGUAACCAAUCAAGUCAGGGGAAGGAUAACUAAACCUCAAACAGUAACAGUAAUUGGUCUGUUGUUGUGCGGUUUCGCUUGUGCUUCCGCCUGAUGUUCAAAUCUAUAUUCCCGAAAUGUCUCAGACGUUUUUGAUUUUCUUACAGAACUGUAGCAUCUACUCGUUCGUAAUGUGUCUCCUCAGGGACGCAGAAAAUAAUAACACAACAUUGUUUAUCUUUAUUUCCAUUGUUUUACGGUUUGGCAGGCUUCCCAAUCGAUAGAAUAUUAAAAUCCUUCUGUGUCGCAUACAUUUAUUGCCAGAUUCAGACAAGAAACACUUUUCUUUUUUCCCUGGAAUUCUCCUUCAAUUAUGGAAUUCGAACAAACCGGCAUUCUCAAUUCGCGAGCGCACUGUAAUCUGAGUUGUGGCAUAACGCUCCACGAACAGCAAUCAACAAAAACAUUCCUCUAUCCUUUUUUUAAGUAAAGCCACCCUUACUAAGUUACCAAAUCCACUUUCUUUUCAUAUCUCUUGAAGGAAACAUCUCCACUAUUUCCUAAUAUCCUUCAAUUCUAAUGAAAUUACCAUCAAAAUUGUUUUACGUGGGUCAUUCAUCUAAUGGACAAUAGGGAGCUUAAGCAACGACAAUGGCGACGGCAACGAUAACAGCAAAAAGCAAUAGGUUUAGAAUGGCAAAUCAACAACUUUGCAAGUGUAUCACACUUUUUUGUACAUUUCUUUGCGGUCACUGCACGACUACGACGUGAAACUUCCUAGUUUCACCUUUUAUGGAGGACGUGAACGCAAGGCAAAGAUCUUCAGUUUCUUUUUCUUAACUUAAAUACACUCCUUCAGAAUUAACUCUAGAAAAAUUCUCCAACGCUUGACAAAUUGAAUGAGAGGGAAUAAGAGUAAUAAAGUUUGAAACAGCACGAAUUCACUUUUCAAGUGCGGUUUUCACUUCCGUUGCCGCCGUGGUUGCUUAACCUCCCUAACAGGGACCUUAAGAUCCGAAGACGGCGACGGCAGAGAAAAUGUUGCUGAAAAAGUGAAUUCGCGCUCUUUCAAUCUUCAUCGCGAUUUCUCCAAGUCACUAACUUUGUCAAAUGUAGGCGAACCCUUCUAAAGUUGAAUUCCUAAGAACCAUAUCCAAGUUCAGAAAGAGAGAGGAAAUUUCGUCGUCGCUUGUGUACUUCCUCUGUACAUCGUGAAACUAGGCAUUUUCACGUCAUAGUCGUGCAGUGACAGCAAGAAAUGUACAAAAAAGCGUGAUGCACGCGCAAAAUUGUUGUUUUGCUAAUUGAACCUAUUGCUUUUGUGGCGUUCCCGUUGCCGUCGCCGUCGCCGUCGUCGGAUCGUAAGGUCCCUAGUGUAAGUCAUGCGACAGCAAUUUUUUUUCAAUUCUGUUUCUGAUUAACACCUGAGUGGGUCUUUUUCUUUUUCUACAGUUAGUGCGAGAGGGUUACAUUUCAAUGACUACCUCAUCGCCACCUGGAACAGUCCGGGUAAAUUAUAUUUAUGCAUGGUCACAUAAUCCGCAAAACUUUCCUAUUUCGCGUGACGUCUUAAUCCUUGUUGUAGUUUUCCACAUUAUUUUAAGGGGAACCUAGUAUUCUAAAUCGUGUGAGUGUAAAAUGACUUAUAAUUUGUUAGUUUGGUUAUCUGUUCGCCGAAAGGUGCACGAUCUCAGAUGUCUCAAACAUGAGUUUCAANACUACCUCAUCGCCACCUGGAACAGUCCGGGUAAAUUAUAUUUAUGCAUGGUCACAUAAUCCGCAAAACUUUCCUAUUUCGCGUGACGUCUUAAUCCUUGUUGUAGUUUUCCACAUUAUUUUAAGGGGAACCUAGUAUUCUAAAUCGUGUGAGUGUAAAAUGACUUAUAAUUUGUUAGUUUGGUUAUCUGUUCGCCGAAAGGUGCACGAUCUCAGAUGUCUCAAACAUGAGUUUCAAAAUGGCGAAUGUUUAGCCUAACGUGACGUCAUAGUAGUUAAAAUGAUCAUCUUACACACACAUGACCUACACCUGAGUUGACUUCUUAACAUUUCUCUUGAAUGAAUUAAGACUUUCGGCAGUUCUUAGAUUUCUGGAUAGCUUGGACAAAAUGAGAGGCCCCAAGUAUUUUACAGAGUGUUUACCAUAUCAAACAGUUUCGAAUUUAGGUAGUUCAAAAUAUAUUGUAAUUGAGCUACAGUUAAAGUAAAGCGAAGAUACAAUUUUCCCUUGUCUUUUUCAUUUCAAAGUGCUACUUAUUUGAAAUUAAUUAAUUUUUUGACGACACAUCCCGAAACUAAACAGAUUGUUUCUCUUACGCUAAAAAUGUUUUUAAAUGCCAAAGUAGUCUUCCGAGAUUUUACAAUGACGACGUCUGAUGAGAAAUUUAAACAUCAUGAUAUUAAACAUCGGCCAUCUUGUCACUCCAAUAACCAUUUUGAUGAAGCGGGUGUUUUACUAUCGCCCCAUCAAAAAUGUCACCAAAACUGAGUAACACGCCCCAAUAACAACAUGAUUUAUAUUCUGCAAGAAUAGUUAACACAUUUUUGGCUAUUUACAUUAAUAUAUCGACUUAUCCGGACUCGUGAUCUGAUACGUAUAUAUCCCCGGUAUAGUCCUUAUCCGACUGUAGAAAAGAAUUGUGUAUGUAAUACGUUUUAACAAUUUUAGUGUUACCAAGAUUUCAAGAAUAGAUAUACUCAAUUUAAGUAUAUAAUUUUUUAAUAAGGGAUACUUAUCAUGUAUGUAGAAAGUCUGUGUCCCCCAUUAGCUGCAAAGCUAAAUACAUUGACACGCGAAUACAUUUUUCAGUCAUUCAUCCCUGUAAUUUUGUGCUAGAUGAAGACGAGUGCCAUGCUAAUAUGUGUCAAAACGGUGCUACCUGUAACGGUCAUCACAAGGGAUAUACGUGCUCAUGUCGUUUUGGCUUCAGAGGAGAAAGAUGCGAAGAAGGUUUGCAUAAGAUCAUGAUAAUGAUAAUAAUAAUGACAUUGGUGAUAAAAAUACAUGAGUUGUCGUCGAACCUCUCCAAGAUAGUGCAGGUUCAAGUAAACUGAGACCUCAUGAUGCUCUGAGGUGACCACAGAUGCGGAAGCGGGUUCAAGAUUCAGUUCUAGAUUGGGUUCAGUUAAUGCAUUUUGACAAAGAAAUGGAGUUUUUUUUUGUAAAAGGAAAGUCCAAUUCAGCUCAGUACGCUGGCUUAAAUGGACAAUUUUGUAAUGAUGGCCGUUGAUAGAGGUUCCGUUGUAUUUUUGGCAAGUUUUUAAUUUAUUUACCCGUAUUAUUUUUUCUUUCUCCACUGUAAACAGAAAUUGAUCCGUGUUUAGAAUCUGAUUGUGUCACUGGAACAUGCGUUGUGACAGGCUUCUUAACUAGUACUUGUGUCUGUUCAGAUGGGCUAUCUGGGCAAAAUUGUGAGAGAGGUAUGCUUCUUGUGGCAUUAAUUAAAAUGGAUAUUUAGUAAUAUUGGAUAGCGAAAAAUGAUACGAAGAAUUACACACAUCGACUGACGCUGUUAUACGAAGCUAAACUGGAUAAUUCUUCAUAUCAGACAAACGCCUUGGUUAAUUCAUUAAUUAUUUCACUAUUUAUUCAAGUUCAUAACGUUGUUGCCCUUAGGCACAAUUUCGUCAAACCAUUUGUAAGUUCCUCAGAAAUCAGUUCAAAAUAUGAACUGAACCGCUGCGUGGUUAGCUCAGUUAGAAGAGUGCUGGUCUGCCGAGCGGAAGGUCGCGGGUUAUAAUCCCGGACGGAUCAACAUUCAGGGUCUAUAAAUAUCUGAGGAGAAAGUGCUGUCUUCGCAAUGAUAUGUGCAGACGGUUAGACUUUCUAGUCUUCUCGGAUAAGGACGAAAAACCGUAGGUUCCGUCGCACAGCACUUACACUUACCUGGUUCUUGUUGGACGUAAAAGAACCCACACCACUGUUCGAAAAGAGUAGGGGAUGAGGACCCCGGUGGCGUGGCCAACCUCUCCUGGGCUGGGUGGGUUAUUUGUAAGGACACACAUAAAUUGGAGCCCUGCUCUGUUGUGUGUUCUGCACCACAUGGUGGAAGUGAUUAAAUGAUGCAAACAUUUUAAGAGCUGUUGACAUCCCUCGAGAGGCAUUCUUGCCUCCUUUUUGAAUGGGCCUGUAAUUAAAUGGCCACCCUCGUAUAACCCGCCAUCGAACAUUCUAUUGUUAAUUUUUACACAGCUCGGGUAUCUUCUGAGGACAUCCACGCCAAUCUUUCAGGGAAUGUUAGUGGAAGCUAUGAAAUAGGUGCUUUUUCUCAGACGUUUACGGUAAGCUACUAAAAAAGCCGCAGUACAAUGAAGAGAUAACUUUAAAGAUGCAAUAGAUGUUCUCAGGCCCUUAGGAACGAAUUCGAAAGUAAGAGGGCACGAAAAAUACAAGCCCUAACAACAUAUUUUUUAAAAUCGAAAGGGGAAUUGCCUUGUGUUAUUAACCAGUAUUUUCGACGGUAAAAUGGUAGUCUUCUUUUUUUAAAAAUUUCGCCCAAAAAGUAGGGGGGACACGGGCCUACUCGGCCCCUCCUGCUCCUACGGGCCUGGAUCUUUUGAGGCCUCGCGCAGUUUUAGCUAUGACCAACUUAGCGAAAUUUUUCGCAGCGUUUUUCGCUUUGAGGGGAAACGAGAUGAAAUUUCAUUCUGCCUUUACUUUAAGCAGUGUGACGUCAUAAUGACGUCAAAUUACGUCAUUGUGUCAAUAGAGUUAUCCCUAGAUUUUGGAAAGUGGGUCAUGAGCAGUUUUGAAGUUAUUGAGAGUGGGGGCUCCGAGGGCCCCCGCGGUCGCAGGAAGCAAAAAAGCCCGGUGUGAAUACGGUUAAUACACGAAGCGAAACUUUGAUAAAAAAAUGACCUACUUGUUUAUUGCCUAGUUUAUAUAUGCACUCUUCUGCUUUUGGCUAAGGAUUUCUUAAAUUCAGCCGAUCGAGUCGUUAUAGUUUUCAUAGGUAGAAACAUAUUAGUUUGGAUCAUUGAUGGUGUUAAUUGAUAUUGAAGCAUAAGUUUAUAUUUGGUCACCUAAUCGUCGAGAGUUCUCUAAAAGUUGUUGUUACUUUAACAUACUGAACAACAGCCAACGAGCAGAGCGUCCUUUUCGACUUAUUCUUGAUCGAAGAAGAGAAAGGUAGGCUGUGCCUGAAUCGCAUCAAGCUUUUGAAGUCGCCGCAGCCCAAACUUCUGCACUAGUCAAUCUUGUUUCUGUCAGUCAAAGUGUUUAAGCGCGAGAACCCGUUUACUGAUAAACCGAUGGCCAUAACUGAGCCCUCUGUACCGAGUGCACGACUAUUAGGCCUGGGCUCGAAACUGUAUCUUAGCAACAUGAGGCGCAUGCUCAAUCGAGAGAACAAAGAUCUUAUUCGAUUCAUGCAGAGUCUUUCUCGAGUGCGCCAAAAUCAAGCAAGUGAAAGUAGGGGCUGCUUUCAGAACAACAACAAAAAUUCUCUUCUUUAUUUUUGUCUCGACUAACAGAUUUUUUAUGACAACGGUACGUCCCACAACACAAAUGGCUCUGAUACCGGAUGGAUCUUAAUCGCUCGGUUCUCGAACGCUGACUCUAAAAAUUGGAUGUUGGUGUCUGGCGCUUGGUGGUAUGACGUAAAUUCCACUAUUGGAAACAACAUAGACCCGGCGGAAAACAGUGAUAUGAUUUCACCUGCAUUCUGGUUGAUCAGCGGAAGGAACUUCAAGAUAACGCGCAGUGACGACCCUAAACACACGGCGCUGCUGCAAACCACAGAUGAAUGCCUUGAGGGAAAGUCAUUCAGGCAUAAAAUGUUUAGUUAUGGCGACUUUCGAAAUGGAAAGCCCUGGUUCGCAAAUAGAUGUCUUGGAAACUGCAGGGUAGAGUACGGAGGUCAAUACCAAUCAACUCAAGGUUUUAGCCAGCAUAACUGUACGGGAGGCUUUCAAAACCCUGACAUGAUUGGCUUCUGGUGUGAUUGGUACGGUGAUGGAUCCGUGAUGAUGAUUGGUGGAGGAGGCAAUGGCUGUUUACGUGCAGAUCACGGGAUCGGAGUAACGGAAAUAGACGACGCUAGAUUUAGCUACAGCUCUAGCUAUGAUGACUUCGGAAAUUAUCCCGGUGGAGUUAAAGAUAAACAAUACGCGUUGAACCUGUGGAUAAAUUAA